GCGAUCACCAAAGGUGAGUUAAUUGUUUACAUUAUUUGUUUUUCGUCAAUUUUUAAUUUAAUGCUUACCGUGUUUUGCAGGUCAUUAAAGACUUAGACCGCGAAUCAACUUUAAACGAUUACAUUGCAUCUCAUACGGUACCGCUACCUGAUUUAUCAAAUGCAAUGACAGAAUCAGAGGAUGAUGAUAAUGCUUCUAUAUCUUCGAGUAUACUAAUCGAAGGCAAUUGGGAAGAUAAUUGGCUUUUCAGGAAGAAGCGUCCCUCCAUAACUACCUCCAUGACUGGUAGCAUAGGUAUGCUAAUACCCGCACCAAAAGAUGACGUUCGUGCUCAAAUUGGGGAUAAGACUACCGAUGAAAUCAGUGAUCUCUCCGAAAUGGAAUCAGAUACGGAUGAUUCUUCAUUAAAAAUAUAUUCGAGCUUAGAUCCGCGUAGUGAUCGUAUUUUAAAUAAACACCUGAUUGGUGGUCAGAAUACAAAAGGGAUUUUAGACGAAUUGAUUGAAACAGCUAGCUUGGUUUCAAACACAUCACUACCACGUAGUGAAUCCAAUUACUUCGAAACUAUGAAUGAACAUGUUCUGGAAGUAGCGUCCAAAACCGAAGCAUUUAAUUCGUGUAUUGCAAGUAAUUCACCUCAAGAAGAAGAAAUUAAGUUGAAAUCAAAACCAAAGAAUUAUUACGAAGACCAUCUGACACCCGAAACGGAAAAUAAUUCAUUAUCAGCUCCAUUUCAAACAACUGAAAGCAUUCACGUCGGUGAUAGUUGUACAGGAUUUAGUUCAGUCGAAAACGUUUUAAGUCACGAUACUAGGUCAAUUUGUCCGGGAGCAUCCGUUAUUGAAAUUCUCGCUGCAAUUACUUUAGGACCGUUGUUGGCUGUUUCUGCUUCAGAACAACCAUCUAUUCAAGCACCUUUCGAAAUAAGUUCACUCAAGGAUUUAAGUGAUAUAGCAUUAACAGAAAUUAAAUCGCGUGCACAGGAAUUGAGGCAUCACUCACUCGAUGUAAUAGAUGAGGAGGAAGAAAGCAAAAUUAUGAACUCGUUAAACGAAAUUUUUUCUCAAAACGGAGUUGAAUUAGCAGAUAUCAAGACAGAUACGACUUCGCCACAUAUUAAUGAUACGAUCAGAAAACUUAUAGACGAAAAAUCAUUACAAUCGGAAGGUAAACCAUCAUUAGCAGUAAGACAUCAUAGAAUCACAUAUUACACAGACGAAGUGCCAUCAGAAUCCAGAUCAGAUACUGAACAAGAGGCAGGAUUUGUUAUGGAUAAGGAUAGUGCAAAUCAAACACCUUCCAGCAAGCAAAAAGAAUGUAAUCAUGAGACAGAAACGCCCUACACCUAUGAUACUGAUAAACGCGAAUACAGCAGUGAAGAAAAAGAAGGUAUCGUUAUGGAUAAAGAAGCACCAGAAUUAUCCGCAAUAGAAAGAGAAAAACAGACAUCCUAUAUUGAACCAGAAGGAGAGUUCAUUAUGAAUAACGAAAGUGAAAAUGGAAUAUCUUUCAGUGUGCAAAAAGAAGAAUGUGGUUAUGACGAAGGAGAUAAUGAAUCCAACAGUGGAAAAAAACGAGAUGGGGUUAUGGAUACAGAAAUUUUUACAAUGGAACGUGAAAAACAAAAUCCCUAUAAUGUUGCGGAUGCAGAAAGCGAAAACCGAACACCCUUCAGUGACAACUACAGUGGCAACUACACAAAGGCUACAGAAAUUUCUAAAAUAGCGGACAUCUUUGCAACUGAGAAUUUAGAAGCCAUCAGCGAAUUCCAUCUGAAUAGAGUUGUGGAUACCGAUGCAAAAGCAAUAAACACAGAAACUUCAAACAUCUCCUACAUCGUUGAUACAGAUAAACACGAAUCCAACAGUGGAGAAAAAGAAGAUAGCUUUGUGGCUACAGAAGCCGUAGAAGAUUCUGAACCACAACGUGAAAAACAAAUGCCCUCCAAUCAACCAAAAACAGAACGUCCUGCGGAUAGAGAAAGUGAAAAUCGAAUAACCUUCAGUGGUCCAAAAGACGAGUGUGCCAAUGAUUCAGAGACCAAUGAAUUUUCUGAAACUUCGUAUAUUUCCGCAACUGAGAAUCUAGAACACUUCAUGGAAUUAAAUCGAGAUAGAGUUAUAGAAACAACAGCACUAGAACUCAUUGUAACAAACAGCAAAACCCAAGAAGCUUCAGAAACAAAAUACACCUCAUACACUGAAAAACACGAAUACAGCAGUGAAGGAAAAGAAAAUAGCGGCAUAGAUGAAGGAGCUCUAGAAUUCUCCACAGUUGAAAACGAAAAACAGACGUCCUAUAAUGAACCAAAAGGAGUGUUCAUUACAGAUACAAAAUGUGAAAAUGAAGUAACUUACAGUAAACCAACAGAUCAAAGUGCAAAUGUUAAUGAAGCUCAUAAAGCUUCCCAAACACCGGUCGUCUAUGAAGCAGGAUAUGUUAUGGAGAUAGAGAGUGCAAAUCGAAUACCUUCCAGCAAGCAAAAAGAAUGUCCUUAUAAGACCGAAACUAAUAGAAGUACAGAAAGAGCGGUCACCUCUGACACUGGCACACAGGAAUCCAACAGUGAAACGAAAGAAGAUAUAGGCAGGAAUAAAGGAGUACAAAAAUUCUCCGCAACAGAAAGCGAAAAACACACACCCCGUACUGCACCAGAAGGCGAGUUCAUUAUGAAUAUAGAAAGUGAAAAAAGUAUGCAAAAAGAAGAAUGUGCUUAUGACAUAGAAGAUCAUGAAUCCAGCAGUGAAAACAAAGGAGAUAGUGUUAUGGAUACAGAAUCAGCAGAAAUUUUUACAAUGGAAAGUGAAAAACAACAUCCUUCUAAUGUUGCCGAUGCAGAAGGCGAUAACAGAACACCCUCCAAUUAUGCGAAAAAAGAGUGUGGCAAAAAUACAAAGGCUACAGAAUCUUCUGAAAUAGCGGACAUCUUCGCAACUGAGAAUCUAGAAACAAUAAGCGAAUCGAAUCUUGAUAGAGUUAUGGAUACUGCUAUAAUCGAAGUCUUUGCAGUAAACACAGAAGCUUCAAAUACCUCCUACACCGCUGAUGCAGAUAAACACGAAUCCAACAGUGAACAAACAGAAGAUAACAUUGUGGCUACAGAAGCAGUAGAAUAUUCUGAACCACAACGUGAAAAACAAAUGCCCUCCAAUCAACCAGAAACAGAACGUGCUGCGGAUAGAGAAGGUGAAAAUCGAAUAACCUUCAGUGGUCCAAAAGACGAGUGUGCCAAUGACUCAGAGACCAAAGAAUUUUCUGAAACUUCGUAUAUUUCCGCAACUGAGAAUCUAGAACACUUCAUGGAAUUAAAUCGAGAUAGAGUUAUAGAAACAACAGCACUAGAACUCAUUGUAACAAACAGCAAAACCCAAGAAGCUUCAGAAACACCAUACACCUCAUACACUGAUAAACACGAAUACAGCAGAGAAGGAAAUGGAAAUAGCGGCAUAGAUAAAGGAGCUCUAGAAUUCUCCACAGUUGAAAACGAAAAACAGACGUCCUAUAAUGAACCAAAAGGAGUGUUCAUUACAGAUACAAAAUGUGAAAAUGAAGUAACUUACAGUAAACAAACAGAUCAAAAUGCAAAUGUUAAAGAAGCUCAUAAAGCUUCCGAAACACCGGUCGUCUAUGAAGCAGGAUAUGUUAUGGAGAUAGAGAGUGCAAAUCGAAUACCUUCCAGCAAGCAAAAAGAAUGUCCUUAUAAGACCGAAACUAAUAGAAGUGCAGAAACAGCGGUCACCUCUGACACUGACACAAAGGAAUCCAACAGUGAAACGAAAGAAGAUAUAGGCAGUAAUAAAGGAGUACAAAAAUUCUCCGGAACAGAAAGCGAAAAACACACACUCCGUACUGCACCAGAAGGCGAGUUCAUUAUGAAUAUAGAAAGUGAAAAUGAAAUAUACUUCAGUAUGCAAAAAGAAGAAUGUGCUUAUGACAUAGAAGAUCAUGAAUCCAGCAGUGAAAACAAUGGAGAUAGCGUUAUGGAUACAGAAUCAGCAGAAAUUGUUACAAUGGAAAGUGAAAAACAACAUCCUUCUAAUGUUGCCGAUGCAGAAGGCGAUAACAGAACACCCUCCAAUUAUGCCAAAAAAGAGUGUGGCAAAAAUACAAAGGCUACAGAAUCUUCUGAAAUAGCGGGCAUCUUCGCAACUGAGAAUCUUGAAUCAAUCAGCAAAUCGCAUCUGGAUAGAGUUAUGGAUACUGAUGCAAAAGAGCUCUCUGCAGUAAACACAGAAGCUUCAAAUAUCUCCUACAACGCUGAUACAGAUAAACACGAAUCCAACAAUGAAGGAAAAGAAGAUAACACGGUGGCUACAGAAGCAGUAGAAGAUUCUACACCACAAAGUGAAAAACCAAAUCCCUCCAAACAACCUGAAACAGAAUGUAUUACGGAUAGAGAAAGGGUAAAUCGAAUACUCUUCAGUGGUCCAAAAGAAGAAUGUCUCAAUGACACAGAGGCCAGAGAAUUUUCUGUAACAUCAUAUAUCUCCGAAAGUGAGGAUCCAGAACACUUCAAAGAAUUAAAUCAAGAUAGAGUUAUAGAAACAGCAGCACUAGAAGUCAUAGUGGCAAAAACCAAAGCCCACGAAGAAACACCCUACACCUCAGAUAUUGAUAAACACGAAUUCAGCAGUGAAGAAAAAGGAAAUAGCGGCAUAGAUAAAGAAGCACUAAAACUAUCCGUAACUGAAAACGGAAACCAGACACCCUGGUCUAAAUCGGAAGUAGAGUUCAUUACGGAUACAAAAAGUGAAACUGAAGUACCUUACAGUAAACAAACAGACCAGAGUGCUUAUGAUUCAGAAGCUCAUAAAAUUUCCGAAACAAGGUUCGCAUAUGAUACUGAAUCAGGAGCAGAAUAUAUUAUAGAGAUAGAGAGUGCAAAUCGAAUACCUUCCAGCAAACAAAAAGAAUGUCAUUAUGAGACAGAAACUCAUAAAACGUCAGAAACAACGGUCAUCUCUGACGCUGAUAAUCAGGAAUCCAGCAGUGAAACGAAAGAAGAAGAUAAAGAAGUACAAGAAUUCUCCGCAACAGAAAGCGAAAAACACACACCCCAUUCUGUAUCAGAAGGCGAGUUCAUAAUGAAUAUAGAAAGUGAAAAUGAAAUAUACUUCAGUAUGCAAAAAGAUGAAUGUGCUUAUGACAUAGAAGAUCAUGAGUCCAGCAGUGAAGACAAAGGAGAUAGCGUUAUGGAUACAGAAUCAGCUGAAAUUUUUACAAUGGAAAAUGAAAAACAAAAUCCUUAUAAUGUUGCAGAUGCAGAAGGCGAUUACCGAACACCCUCCAAUGAUCCCAAAAAAGAGUGCGGCAAAACCACAAAGGCUACAAAAUCUUCUGAAACAGCGGGCAUCUUCGCAACUGAAAAUCUGAAAACUAUCAGCGAAUCACAUCUGGAUAGAGUUAUGGAUACUGCUUCAAAAGAACUGUUUGCAGUAAACAUGGAAACUUCAAAUACCUCCUACACCGGUGAUACAGAAAAACACGAAUCCAUCAGUGAAAAAAAAGUAGAUAACAUUGUGGCUACAGAAACAGUAGAAGAUUCUGCACCACAAAGUGAAAAACCAAAGCCAUCCAAACAACCAGAAACAGAAUGCCUUACGUAUAGAGAAAGUGAAAAUCGAAUACUACUCAGCGGUACAGUAAAAGAGUGUGACCAUGACACAGAGGACAGAGAAUUUUCUGUAACAUCAUAUAUCUCCGAAAGUGAGAAUCCAGAACACUUCAAGAAAUUAAAUCGAGACAGAGUUAUAGAAACAGCAGCACUAGAACUCAUUGUAACGAAAACCAAAGCCCACGAAGUUUCAGAAACAACCUUCAAUUCAGAUACUGAAAAACACGAAUAUAGCAGUGAAGAAAAAGGAAAUAGCGGCAUAACCAAAAAGGCUUUAGAAUUCUCCGGAACUGAAAACAAAAAACAGACGACCUGUACUGAACCGGAACGAGAGUUCAUUACGGAUACAAAAAGUGAAAAUGGAAUAGCUUUCAGCAUCCAACAAGAAGAAUGUGCUUAUGAUGAUGAAGAUCAUGAAUCCAGUAGUGAAGACAAAGGAGAUAUGGUUAUGGAUACAGAAUCAGCCGUAACUUCUAUAAUGGAAAGUGAAAAGCAAAAACCCUGUAAUGUUUCGAAUGCAGAAAGCGAUAACCGAACACCCUCCUGUGAUCCCCAAAAAGAGUGUGACACCUACACAAGGGCUACAGAACCUUUAGAAAUAUCGGACCUCUCCGCAACUGAGAAUCUACAAACCAUUGAAUCCCAACUGGAUAGGGUUAGGAAUACACCAACAAUAGAACUCUUUGUAAUAAACACAGAAGAUUCAAAACCUUCAUACCCCGCGGAUACAGAUAAACACGAAUCCAACAGUGAAGGAAAAGAAGAUAACAUUGUGGCUACAGAAGCAGUAGAAAAUUCCGCAUCACAACAUGAAAAACAAAUGCCCUCUAAUGAAGCAGAAACGAAAUGUGUUAUGAAUAGAGAAAGUGAAAUUCGUGUACCCUUCAAUGGUCAAAAAGAAGAGUGUGGCAAUGACACAGAGGCCAGAUCUCCUGAAACAUCAUAUGUUUCCGCUACUGAGAAUCUAGAACUCUCCAAGGAAUUAAAUCUAGAUAGAGUUAUAGAAAUAACAGUACCCAUUGUAACAAACCCCAAAGAGCAAGAAGUUCCUGAAACACCCAACACCUUAGGUACUGAUAAACACGAAUACAGCAGUGGAGGAAAUGGAAAUAGCGGCAUAACCAAAAAGGCUUUAGAAUUCUCCGCAACUGAAAACAAAAAACAGACGACCUGUGCUGAACCAGAAGGAGAGUUCAUUACGGAUACAAAAAGUGAAAAUAUAAUAUCUUUAAGUAUGCAAAAAGAAGAAUGUGCAUAUGACGUUGAAGAUCAUGAAUCCAGCAGUGAAGACAAAAGAAAAAACGUUAUGGAUACAGAAUCAGCCGAAAUUUUGACAACGGAAAGUAGAAAACAAAAUUCUUCUAAUGUUGUGGAUGCAGAAGGCAAUAACCGAAUACCCUCCAAUUAUCCCAAAAAAGAGUGGGUCAAAAACACAAAGGCUACAGAAUAUUCUGAAACAGCGGGCAUCUUUGUAACUGAGAAUCUAGAAACAAUAAGCGAAUCGCAUCUGGAUAGAGUUAUGGAUACUGCUGCAAACGAAGUCUUUGCAGUAAACACAGAAGCUUCAAAUACCUCCUACACCGCUGAUGCAGUUAAACACGAAUCCAACAGUGAACAAACAGAAGAUAACAUUGUGGCUACAGAAGCGAUAGAAGAUUCCGCAUCACAACGUGAAAAACCAAAGCGCUCCAAACAACCAGAAACAGAAUGUGUUACGGAUAGAGAAAAUGAAAAUCUAAUACUCUUCAGUGGUCCAAAAGACGAGUGGGUCAAUGACACAGAGGCCAGAGAAUUAUCUGUAACAUCAUAUAUCUCCACAACUAAGAAUCCAGAACACUUCAAGGAAUUAAAUCUAGACAGAGUUAUAGAAAUAGCAGUACCCAUUGUAACAAACAUUAAAGCCCAAGAAGCUUCAGAAGCCCCCAACAACUCAGGUACAGAUAAACACCAAUCCAACAGUGAAGGAAAAGAAGAUAACAUUGUGGCUACAGAAGCAGUAGAAGAUUCUGCACCACAACGUGAAAAACCAAAGCCCUCCAAUCAGCCAGAGGAAAAUGAAAAUCGAAUCAUUGUAACUAAAACCAAAGCCCAUGAAGUUUCAGAAACACCCUACUCCUCAGAUACUGAUAAACACGAAUAUAGCAGGGAAGGAAAAGGAAAUAGCGGCAUAGAUAAAGAAGCUCUAGAAUUCUGCGCAACUGAAAACCAAGAACAGCCGUCCUGGUCUAAAUCGGAAGGAGAGUUCAUUACGGAUACAAAAAGUAAAAAUGAAGUACCUUACAAUAAACAAACAGACCAAAGUGCUUAUGAGGCAGAAGCUCAUAAAGCUUCAGAAACACGGGUCGUCUAUGAUACUAAACCAGGAGCAGGAUGUGUUAUGGAGAUAGAGAGUGCAAAUCGAAUACCUUCCAGCAAGCAAAAAGAAUGUCCUUAUGAGACAGAAACUAAUAAAAGUUCAGAAACACCGGUCACCUCUGGCAAAGAAUCACAGGAAACCAGCAGUGAAACGAAAGAAGAUAUCGUCAGGGAUAAAACAGUACAAGAAUUCUCCGCAACAGAAAGCGAAAAACACACACCCUGUUCUGCGCCAGAAGGCGAGUUCGUUAUGAAUACCGAAAGAGAAAAGGAAAUAUACUUCAGUAUGCAAAGAGAAGAAUGUGCUUAUGAUGUUGAAGAUCAUAAAUCCAGCAGUGAAGACAAAGGAGAGAGCGUUAUCGAUACAGAAUCAGCAGAAAUUUCUAUAAUGGAUUGUGAAAAGAAAAAACCGUGUAAUGUUUCGAAUGCAGAAAGCGAUAACCGAACACCCUCCAGUGAUCCCCGAAAAGAGUGUGGCACCUACACAAGGGCUACAGAAUCUUUAGAAAUAUCGGACAUCUCCGCAAUUGAGAAUAUAGUAACCAUCGAAUCCCAACUGGAUAGAGUUAUGAAUACAGCAACAGUAGAACUCUUUGUAAUAAACAUAGAAGAUUCAAAAACCUCCUACACUGCUGAUACAGAUAAAUAUGAAUGCAACAGUGAAGAAAAAGAAGAUAACAUUGUGGCUACAGAAGCAGGAGAAAAUUCUGCACCACAACGUAAAAAACAAAUGCCCUCUAAUGAAGCAGAAACGAAAUAUGUUAUGAAUAAAGAAAGUGAAAAUCGUAUACCCUUCAAUGGUCCAAUAGAAGAGUGUGACAAUGAGACAGAGGCCAGCAAAUCUACUGAAACAUCAUAUAUCUCCGCAACUGAGAAUCUAGAACACUCCAAGGAAUUAAAUCUAGAUAGAGUUAUAGAAAUAGCAGUGCCUAUUGUAACAAACACCAAAUCCCAAGAAGCUUCAGAAGCUCCCAACACCUCAGAUUCUGAUAUACACGAAUACAUCAGUGAAGGAAAAGGAGAUAGCGGCGUGGAUAAAGAAGCUUUAGAAUACUCCGCAACUGAAAGCCAAAAACAGACGUCGUGUACUGAACCAGAAGGAGAAUGCAUUAUGGAUGCAAAUAAUGAUAAUGGAUUAUCUUUCAGUAAGCAAGAAGCAACAGAACGCGAGAAACAAACAGAACAAGAAAUCAUGGGCGAGUCAAUAGAAGAUAACAUAAUGGAUACAAAAGUAGCAGAUUUUUUGGAAACAAAAAAUGAAGGACAAAUGCCAGGAGAAGAAUGUUUUAUUAAUAAAGAAACUGAAAGUCGACCACCCUGUAAUAAUUCAGAAGAAGAGUAUGACAAUGUGGCAGAGGUUCCAGAAUCUUCUCAUGAAACACAGUACGCCUGCGGAAGUGAAGAACAAGAACAUAUCAGUAAUGUAAACAAAAAUCUUGCUUCUAGAACACCAGUAGAAUUCUCUGCGACAGUUCUGCUGACAACAGAAGAUUGUGUUAAUGAGGCAGAGGCUCAACAAUCUUCAGAAACACCGUACAUUUGUGAUACUGUGAUACAAGAAUCUAACAGUGAUAUAAACGAAAAAAAUAAUGUAAAUAGCAAUGAAGAAGAAUUAUCUGCAACAGAAACUGAAGAACAAAAAAACAGUACUGAAACAGAAGCGGGGUAUGAUAUGGAAACUAAAACUGAAAAUCUAAUACCCGUCAGAGAGAAGAAAAAAGACUUUAACAAUUACGCAGAAGUUCAAAAACAUUCAGAAACGCACUACAGCAAAGAAUCAAACAGAAAUAAUAUUGUGUGCGUAGAACCAUUAGAAUUUUCUGCAACAGAUUCAGAAGCUCGAGAAUCUUCUGAUCCAAUAUACUACUCUGAUACAUAUAAACACGAAUGUAACUGUGAAGCAAACGAAGAUAACAUUAUGGCUACAAUAGCAGUAGUAAUUUCCGCAACAGAAAGUAAAAAACAAAAAUCGCGUAAUAAUCCAGAAGACGAGUGUGCUAUCGAAACCGAAGGUUCUAUAGCAGAACGUGAAUAUAAAAAAUGGAACAAUGCCGUUGAAAUGCCAAAUAAUCCAUAUUCGCCGGAGGCUUUAGAACGUAGGAUUAGUGGGAGCCAAGAGCGUUUUAUAGAUUUACCGAAUAUAAAUUCAAGUACGAACAAAAAUGUAAUAACUAUUACAGAAACAACAAAAGCGGAAGAGGAUUCAGAGAACGAACAUCGUAGUGAUAUUGGCUAUAAGAGAUACAGUCGUGAUUACUAUAUAAACGCCGACAAUACUCCAAAAGUCAGUCCGAAAUAUCAAAUUCACCGAAACGAUAGACGCAAGCGACUUAGUUCAGGAUGCAGUGAUGAGCACAUAGCAGAUACUGGCACUAAAGAGUGUAUAAGUCAAGUUAACGAAACUAUAGCGAUAAAAAACCCUAAUGUUAUCCACCCAACGGUAUACCUCGCGCUUCCUGUUCAAGUAGUGGAAGAAAGUACAUCCUUUGAAACACUGUCAAAUCAGCCCAUGCAGUCGGUAGACACAACAAAUAGUGACGACUCGGAUACGAUACGUAUUUAUGAUUUCAAGAAUCAGACAACAGUCGUCGUCCACAAUGAAGGUAAACCAUUGACGGGGACCGAUACAACCGCCAUAAAAUUUCGACAAAAAACUGUCGAGCCUUUUCAAGAUACAGCAACCAAUUUUACCCCGAUAAAAUAUACAUGUAAAGUAUCAUGUCAAAAGGCUGAUGUAUCAACGCCGACUCUAGGGCCCACACCAAAUGCUUUCAAAUUUCUACAGCCAAAACGAAGAAUAAUUGAUCCUAGCCAGAUGUUGCCAUUGAACGAGGAAGCACAAGUGCUUUCUUUUGGCGAAAAGUCAGUCGUCGAGGAGGAGGUGGCACAAGUUAUGCCUUCUGUAAAAGCAUUGGCGCAAGCGUUUCUUUUGAGUUCCAAUAAGUGUUCGCAAGCGGAAAAGCGGUGGAAAAAAGGGAUCCAAAAAAUGCCAUCUACAUCUAUUCAAUUCAGCAACCCGCCGGAAACGUAUACGGAAAAUAUAGUAAAAGUUCCGGAAAAGACCGAAGACACUACUAUUUCUUCAGAUUUAUCUUCACUUGAGACUGAUCCUUCAAUAAAUGUGGACAUUUCAACCAAUAAAACAUCAAGGUCGCCUUCUACAGAGCGCACCGUAAACAAUGAGGAAAAUAACAAUAAAAAUACCACAAAUAUGUUACGCCGUGUUAGUAUGCUGAAAAGUAAUAUUGCUUUCUUUGAAAAUUUAAAGUUUAAGUAAACAUUACCAGUUUCUGAAGGAAUCGACGCUAAUUGUAAACUAUUUUGAAAAACCAAAUAUGUUUGCCAGUUGCUGCUACACACUUUUAUAGAGA